AUGAGGCCGCCCACCAUCGAAUGCUCGUUCUGCCUGCCGCUGGACGCCGGUGUGUGGGUCGAGGGCCGCACCAUCACCUAUUCCCUGCGGGACCUCGGGCGAGGGCAGCGCGUGCUGUGCUACGACUCGCUGGGGCGUUCGAUCAGGUACGUGGAGGUGCUCGAGAAGCGGGUGGGCCUUCCUCGGAAUCCAAAAGGAUUCCCAAGGAAGGCCCAGAGAGGCCCCAGUCAUUCCCACGAUGCUUCCAAAAGGAUCCUGGGGCGCAUUCCAGUAGGCCCCCAUGAGCGUAUGGGAGGUCUCGUGUCUACGCCCUGCAAGAUCCAUUUGAGGGCUUCCCGAGGCUCCACAGAAACAUGCUGCGGGGAGCCGGCAACACUGGGGCCCGCCCCCCACCUCCCCCCCUGGUGGACAAACGAGCUGCUGCUGUGCGCUUGCGCGUUGUUUUCUCGAGGCGCCCUUGCAGUGUGA